AUGAAGCGCUUCCUCAAGACGGUCGGCCUCACUGUACUGGCCACCGUCAUUGCCAUCCUAGCAAUUGGCGGCUGCGUCGCCUGGAAUUUCUUCCUCCACGAGCAAGGUCGCGCCCCUGCCGACUACCAUGCCAGUGCCAGGUCGUCGGAUGGUGGAGUUGGCCCUCUCCUCAACAGAGACACCGUGUUCGACGUCUUUGGCAAGCUCAGCAUCGAUGCGGGCGACGACGACGACCGUGUGACGACGCUCUAUGACGGGCCCGUCUUUUCCAACGCAACGCUGUCCAAACGAAGCCUGUUUACGCGUGUGCCCGUCAAACUGCCGCUGCGCAAAGACGUCCUCUCGGGCGAAGCCAGCCUCGUCGCCUCGUUCUAUGUCCUGCCAAGACUUCCUCCAACACAUACAUGGAGAAGCACACACGAGGCGCUGGCGCAGUGCACCCCGCUUGCCGGCUUCGCGGCCAACGUCAAGCGCGCCUCGUCGAGCGAGAGCGACGUGCUGACAAUGAAGGACGCUGCGGGCCGUGUCACGCUCGCAAAGCGUUCCCGCGUCAUCUUGUCCGAGGACACAUCACGGUACGACCUGGCCAAGUACCGCGAGACGUUUGGUGCUCUCGUCGAGGGUCCCGCGGGCAACAACUCGGAGAGCAAGCCACUCGAGGCACAGUCGCUGUCGAUGUUCUGCGGUGGGCGGGCAUCAAAGUGGCUGGAUCCCUUUCGUGUCUACCACGACUUCUCGGUCGGAGUAGGGACGGAGGAGGAGGAAGUUGCACUAUAUGCGACCAAGCCCUAUGUGGGCAAGUACAGCGCCGGGCCAAUGGAUCUCGUUAGGCUGCAAGACGUGGCGCGGGCUGGGCACGAUGUGUAUGCGUACGACUGGAACAUCAAGCUCGAUGUUCUCCCACCCGUCCAGCUCGACUGGGCCACGUCGUCGGACAACUGCUCGUCGACUGCGAUGCUCCGCCAGGCCUCCCUCUCUCCCAACAGCAGUACGGACCUCGUCACUGCGCAGGAGAGCUACGAGUUCUACGCCGGCUUCACUGGCGACGCGCACUUCCCCACCUCGAAGCCGCUCGCGUCAAUCGCCUACCUGGCCUUCAUCACCGUCGUGCGCCGGAUCGAGUGGCCCAUGGAGCUCCUCUACUGGUGCAUCAAGCGGUCCGACACGCGCGGCCUCUCUCCCCUCGCACUCGUCCUCUCGCUCUGCACCGACGUCGCUGUCCUCAUCCUCGACUGGCGCACCACCAGACCCUCCCUUUUCGCAGUGCUUCUCCUUGCACUCCGACUGCUGGCACUCUGGAGGGCAAGGCGACAGCGACGGGUCGUGCCCCUCCGCUACGCACUGGCCUUUUUCACUUUCUACUUCUUCCUCGCUCGGUCCGAGCUUGCGCUGAUACCUGCCUCAUCGCCCUCGCUGACGAUCGUCGAGGAUGCCCCACUACCGCAAGCACUCCUCUCAGCCGCGGGCACGACGACGACGUUUGUCCUCCUCCUCGCCAAUGCUGCACAGGGGACCUUUGCGGGCACCUCUCGAUGGUCCCGCCUCUCCGUCACGCUCAUCUCGCUUGCCCAUCUCGUCUACGCCCACUCCGAAGUAAUAGGCGGGCACAAGUACAAGCACGCCGCCUACGACGCCGCGUCGGCGCUGCAUUUGGGCCUCGGCACCGCGCUCGUCAUUCAAGGAUUUAUCCUCUAUGAGCCUGUCUGA